AGAGCCUGCCGGCGCCCAGCCCCUCUGCCCCGUGCCCCGCGGAGGGGACGGCGGGGCCUGUGGACUGCACCCCCGGGGGGGACCUCGCCAAGGCGCCGCCGGCCCCGCCGCGGGGGCGAAGGUGCUUCCACGUGGUCCUCACCGACUCGCGCUGCUUCCUGGUCUGCAUGUGCUUCCUGACCUUCAUCCAGGCGCUGAUGGUGUCCGGCUACCUGAGCAGCGUCAUCACCACCAUCGAGAGGCGCUACAGUCUGAAGAGCUCCGAGUCCGGGCUGCUGGUCAGCUGCUUCGACAUCGGGAACCUGGCGGUGGUGGUGUUCGUCAGCUACUUCGGCGGGCGCGGGCGGCGGCCCCUGUGGCUGGCCGUGGGCGGGCUCCUCAUCGCCGUCGGGGCCGCGCUCUUCGCCUUGCCUCACUUCAUCGCCCCCGCCUACCAGAUCCAAGAGCUGAACGCCUCGGCCACCAACGACGGCCUGUGCCAGAGUGGCAACUCCACGGCCACGGCGGCCGUGGGGCCUCCUCCCUGCCCGAAGGACUCCGGAGGAAACAGCCACUGGGUCUACGUGGCUUUAUUCGUGUGUGCGCAGAUCCUCAUCGGGAUGGGCUCCACACCUAUUUACACCCUGGGACCAACCUACUUAGAUGAUAAUGUUAAGAAGGAAAAUGCGUCCUUGUACCUGGCCAUUAUGUACGUCAUGGGAGCGCUUGGCCCUGCAGUUGGGUAUUUAUUAGGUGGACUUCUUAUUGGUUUUUAUGUUGAUCCCAGAAAUCCUGUUCACCUUGACCAGAAUGACCCUCGUUUCAUUGGAAACUG